UUGGACGAACACGAACGCAACUUCCUUAGCCAACGUCCUGAACUCGCCGAGCCCCAUUGUCUAAGUAAACGUUCCAACUGCAGCCUCUGCCUUGACGUGUGCCGGUGGUCCCGUCAGAAAACCACAACUUGCGAAUCGUCAUGUGGCGCUCUUGGACUUUACUUCUAUUUAAUUUUACAGGAAAGUGUAUUCAAAGCCUUUCCAAACAGUCCAAUCGAGAUUCAUCGUCAAACUUGCCUGGACGCCUGUACUUUUUCCUAUGCCAGUUACAUUGAACGGGCCUCUGUAGUGAGCGGAAUUUUGUCCGCGUCUUGUCCAUUGCCCUCCAGUUGGCCUGAGGGCUCCGGCUGUCAACACCAUCGGCGCUGCACUACCGACGCGGACUGCAGUCACACCGUCAUUGCCAAGUGCUGUCGAGCCGACGCCUGUCACGCAGACGGGAGUCUGGGCAUUCGAGAACACCACUCGUCGUCAACGCUGUAUCGGCUCGCUCGAGAGGGUCGUCCGCCAGCUCUCAGUCGGCAGACGCCCCCGCUGGGCUUCUGCAUGCAAGUCACUAACGACACUGUCUUUGCGUACAGAGGUGUGCCCCCGGUACCCGGUCGACCCACAGUUCGCCAGACUGCUAUGAUUCCGGGCGAGCAGGAGGUCUAUCAGCUGGAAUUGGACUGGCCCGAUUACUAUAACAUGAGCAAGUCGGUCGACUCACCAGAAUGGAAUUCUUCUGCCGUCUUCCUUGUCCAAGUUCGCCUUUUUCGCGAUCUGAGCGGUUCCUUGAUUGGGGAAAAUGGGGGAUUAGGCGAUGAAAUACUACAAGAAGAGCUGUUCAGCGAGUGGCGCAGCCUAGUUUGGACCACAAAAGUUGGCGCUGUUCUCUCAGACCUCAGUCCUGGAACUUGGUAUCAGUUCCGUUUGAAGGCGGCUUCUGGAGCGGGGUUCGGGGGUAACGGCCGCCCCAGUCGACCUGUCAGGGUGGUAACCCUGCCUGAGGCUCCUCGUAACCUCACUGAAACAAAUUCGCGGAUAUAUUCCAAAAAGGUCGAAGUUAAACUGCACUGGGAAUCACCGAUCUACAGAAGUGUCCCAAUAAGGUUCUAUCGAGUGAGCUGGAAGAAAAACACCCUAUCACAAGUGGACGAUAGCUCCUUGAGCGAGUACGAGGCCAAGGUUCCCAAAACAGUUUUGACGUACACUCUGCAGGAUCUGGAACCCGGCACUGUCUAUAAGGUUCAGGUCACCGCGGUGGCAGUUGUAGACGGCAAGGAGUGGUCAAGCCUUCCGGUAACCCGCUUCAUCAAGACCAUUCCGCUCCCUUCCAAAGGGCACUCAUACGGUGCUCAACCACAGUUCUACAAUUCGGAAGGCAGAAGUUGUCAGUGUGGUGAUUCUCCCGAAAAUCGAAAUUUCAUCCAUCCAGCAUUUUUUGAAGAUGGCAAUUUAAAAACCCACCUCACAAUACCUCGUCAUUUCUGUAAGGACAAUUGUGUUACCAUUGACAGUGGACACAAGCGAAUAAACGAUUUUUGUAUUCUAGUGGCACAGCACUUUGGGGAGAGCGUCAAAGAUACAACUAUCUUCCACCUCCUUUGGUAUCCACACGUCUGCAUCGAAACACAAAAUUCCAAAAUGGGUCUCCCCAGUACCCCUACUAUGGUCACUGUCUAUACGGCAACUCUCAGCAGCAUGAAUUUAGAGGACCUCAGAUUUCAAUGUCAUUACAAAUUGCAACUUCGGAUUGCUGAGGAACCUCUACCAAAGGUGCCGAAAAAGUCCCUCGAGCUGUGUUUCUGCACGCCUUCUUGCACGGAAGUUGCUGUUAAAUCUGGUCCGAGUCCUAGGAAUUGUUCUUAUGCGGAUAUCCUUAUACCACAUCAACCGGUCGACGUUGGUUAUCAAUUAUUCCCCACCGAGACAAUUCAGCGGCAUCCUAUCAAGUCAGGUGGUGUAGUCUCUUCCUCACAAUCGGAAACGAAACCUGUUUUCUCCGUCCACAAUUCCUUCAAGACCGGUUCAAGCCAGCAGCCCGGUUUCGAUGCCAUUAUCUUUUGGAAACCCCAUCCGGAGAUGAUAGUUUCUAGAGUCCCCGGGCGGUACACCAAAUAUGCUGAUAUGGCGGCACGGUCUCCAAUUGAUGCUCGUCUCCAAUCAAGGGGCUACAGAGUGAUUUGGGGACCUCGCCUGGUUGAGCCAAUUGAACCAGGGAUGUAUAGCAACGGAAUUGCCCCCCAGCUAGAUCCUGAGCGGGCAGAGUCUAAAGUUGUUGACUCGAAAGUUUAUAAUGUGAUAUUGAGGAAUUUGGAGCCAGACACGCUGUAUAUAGUUCAAGUUCAAACGAUUGGCGUCCAUGGAGAUAGUCCAGUGAACGCCGUCUUCUUCACAACUCCUAGUAAGUCCUCUCACAAAGACGACCUCGAGUGGGACUGGGAAUUCGCACGCGCUGAGCUAAGCUGCUGA